AUGGCGCCCUAUCGCCCCCUACCGCCUAUAGCCACCGUGGUGGCCGGCGGCAGCGGAACGCGAGCAAACCCCCCCAAGAAGGGGAAGGGAACGUUGGCGAAGGGCAAGCGGGCGGGGACGACCAUCCCCCUGCCCCGCACCCCCUCCCCCUCCCCUCGACGACCUGCGCAGCCGGCACUGCCGGACGAGGCUCCUCCCCCGGUAGGGAGGGGAGAGACGUGGUCGCAGGUCGUCGGACGCAAGGUGGCGCAGGUGGCCCGGAAGAAGGCGCGCGCAGCGCCCCAACCGACCUCCACAGGCGGCGGGUCCCAAACACGCCCAAAGGGCACAGGGACCCAGCCGCAGGGGAAAGGGGGCAGAAAAGGGGGAACCCCUCCCCCCUCCCAACCCCCAGCGAAGGCGCCCGCAAAGGCGCCCGCAAAGGCGCCCGCAAGGGCGCCUGCACGGGCGUCCGCAAAGGCGCCCGCGAAGGCGCGGAAGCCUCCGGGGUCGGCAGCCAUCGUGCUGAACGGCCCCAAGGAGGAGAUGACGGCGGCGCUCUCGAGGAUGAAGUCCGCAAUUAAAUUGGCGGACCUCGGAAUCGAGAGCGUCCGCAUCAAAAGGGCCAUCACGGGGGCCACCAUCAUCGAGGUCCCGGGCCCGGAGGCGCAAACGAAGGCGGAUGCCCUGUCGGGCCGUAUCACAACGGCCCUACAGGGCAUGAAGGUCACCGUAGCCCGCCCCAUAAAAAAGGCGGAGCUGCGCGUGAAGGGUUUGGAGGACUCCCUUACCCUUACGGAGGUAAGGGAGUCCUUGGCGCGAGUAGGCGGCUGCCCCCCGGAAGCGAUCGACCUGGGCCCCAUUAAAACGGGCCCAGAUGGCAUGGGGGUGGUCUGGGCCCGUUGCCCUGCGGCCGCUGCAAACAAAGCGGCGGCUCUAGACAGGGUCCAGAUAGGCUGGACACGCGUGGGGGUGGCGCUGUUGGAGCCACGCCCCCUCCAAUGCUACAAAUGCCUGGAGGUGGGUCAUGUCCGGCAGCGCUGCCCCAACGAGGCAGAUCGCGGUGACCGGUGCUACAGAUGUGCCGAACCCGGUCACCGCGCUCGCGAUUGCCCCGCCAAGGCCCCCAAAUGUCCGCUAUGUGCGGACUUGGGGCGGCCGGCGGCGCACCGCCUAGGAGGCCCCUCCUGUACCCGAAGCAAAAAGCGGGCCAAGAGGGGCGGACGGGCGGCGGUGGGAAAGGAGGUGGCGCAUGACACAGCGCCGCCUCCUCCACGACCACCCGCCCCUGCCGAGGCAGGAGAGGCGGUCACGGAGGAGGCAGGGGGGCAUUCAGCCCCCACCAACGAGGACAGUGGUCACGGGGGGAGUGCCGGGGAGGAGCGCCCGGCACCCCCCCCCACCGAUGGAAACGGAGAAGGGGCGGGAGUAAACCCGCCCCCACCGAGGGAGGUGGAGACCCUGGAGGAGGUCGAGAUGGCCGAAUAA